AUGACCGAUCAGCUGAUGGUCCGCAAGAGACGGUGGGAUCCUUGCUGGAAGCCCGGAGAUCGCGGCAAGGUGGAUUGGGGGGACAUUGUUUACUUGGAGAACGAUGGCAUCACCAUUACUGCCCCAAAUGGAAGAAAGCUACGCAUCCGGGGAAGUCCAAACUCAUCCUUUCUGCACAAAAUGGCGUUCCAAUAUGCUCCGACUCAAAACUUCUGGCAUGGAAAGGCCGACAAAUUUCGACAUGCUCAUCACACAAUCUCCACCUUACGGACAUCUGGGAUUCCCUUGCCGGCUGUUAUAACCUAUUGCAUGAGCCUUGGGUUGAUCGCCCUCGUCUUCAUGUCUUUGGGCGUUCGCGAGAACACCAAGGAACCGAGUGGCUGCACGGUUGUAGUCAGCAAAUGUCACAAUGGUGGAUUCUACAAUCUUUGGGAGGUGAUCAAGGGAUUUGUGCAGUCCUGGUGUCGACCUGUCACCGAAGCCAAGACCCUGUUUGUGAACGCUUGCAUUGAUGGGUGA